AGAGCGGCUGGACGACGACGACAUAAUCUGUGGCCAUCGUUGACGGGGGCAUCUCAUUUAAAGUCAACUCACUCUCUGGCAUCUUAAUCAGAAAAGCUCAGAGAGUAUUAGCCACGGCCCUGUAAAUAUGGCCAUCCUAGACCUUGAAAAUCUCUUUGAUGUCUUAAAUGGGGUCCCUUACAUGUAUGUUUCAGUCAAUUAAAUAUGAGCUGCAUGAGUUGAGCAGAAAACAUAUUGAUGAUUAUAUGCAGGCUGUAGAAUGGAAGAUAAAUGCAAAGCUGUGUGGAACGCAUCCGCUGUCAUUCUGGACAUCGACUCAGGAUCGUGGGCAGACCGCUCACCACUCCAUGAUGCUGCCAGUCAGGGUCGCCUUCUGGCUCUAAAGAACCUCAUUUCACAGGGUCACAAUGUGAAUGUUCUGACAAUAGACCAUGUGACCCCCCUUCACGAGGCCUGUCUUGGAGACCAUGUUGCUUGUGCCAGAGCUCUCAUUGAUGCCGGAGCUAAUGUCAAUGCCUUUACUAUUGAUGGAGUCACCCCUCUCUUCAAUGCCUGUACAGUGGGUAGCGUGACCUGCACUGAAAUACUUCUGGAAAAUGGAGCAAAACCCCAGAGCCUCGUUUACCAUCCCUCACCGAUCCACGAAGCGACCAGCAAAGGUCAUUACGGCUGCGUGGAAGCUCUGGUGACUUGGGGGGCAGAUGUGGACACGGACAUUCCUCACCUGGGCACAGCGCUCUAUACGGCCUGUGUCUGCCAAGAGCUGGAGUGUGCCAGAAAGCUCCUGAGGGAAGGUGCAAAUGUACAGAAAGGUAAAUCUCUGGAGUCGCCCUUACAUGCAGCUGCAGAGAAAGACUGCACAGCCGUGGUGAAGCUGCUGCUGGACUUCGGUGCAGACAUUAAUGCCAGGAACAUGGAGCUGCAGAGGCCAGUGGAUGUGGCUCCUCCCAGCAGUAUAACAGAGGCUUUCUUACUACUCUACGAAGCUACGCCACGACUACUGAGCCAACUGUGUCGUCAGUGCAUCAGGAACUGUGUUGGUCGUGACAGACUCCACCUCCUUUGCCAUCUUCCUUUACCCAGAAUGCUCAGGAGGUACCUCCAGUACCAAUGACGAGCACAAAAGCUAAACUAUCUGCCUUAAAGGGACUUUUGGAAAGAAGCGUUUGAUGCAUUGAAUCUAUAAACUCUUCAUUUCAUCUGAGCUUCCACUACAGGCAACUGCAAAAGCAAUUAAAUGAAGUUCGUCACACACACAGCCACUGCGACAGCAUUGACCCGCGUGGCCUUAACCAGCUCACUGUGGGUGAACAUCUGGACCUGGAUGAUUGGAAAAGCAGGGUGGCGAUGAAGAGCUUGCAAGCUUCUCUCGAUAAGUAAUAGCAAAACAUAAUAUCAUAUAACAAUAAUACUUUGGGUUGCAGUAUUUAGAUGGUGCCUUAUCAGCUGUAUGAGCUAACAGUAGGUGAUUGCAGUAAAACUUUGCAGAGAUUGAAUGUAAAAUAAAUGCACAAUAAACUCUAUGUGAAUGUAUAUUUAUUGUUUUGCACUAUGACAUUGAAUGCAUUGCACACUAACACAAAUAAUAAAUGUUUUGAGACCUGGGGCA